CCCCACGAAGAAGAAGUCCUGUUUUCCUCCUGAGACCUUCCCAUGAAACGUGCAGAGACAGAAGCUCCAGCAACAACUCGACAUAUCACCACAGUCUAAACGGUGAUCCUGCAACUAGACGUCCAACCUGAGAGUCAACUGAAGUGAUCACCCGGUAAUGGAAACUCUGCUGAGACAGCGAGCUAAACCUGGAUCGUGGCCUACCGUAUGAUCCAGACCGAACCUGAUUCGCUUGCCAAGAAGACAUCAGACUCCAGUCCUGCCCGUCAGGUAGACCGCUUCACCUGGAGACUCAAUGGCUUCCAGAUCAGAAGAGGAUCUCUGCUGUCCCGUCUGCCGUGAUGUCUUCAGAGAUCCUGUCAUUCUGUCAUGUAGCCACAGCUUGUGUAGAGACUGUGUAAAGAACUGGUGGAAAGACAAAGAAGAAAAAUUGUGUCCACUUUGUAAGAGUAGAUCUUCAAAGCGUAAACCACCUUGUAACCUGGUGUUGAAGAACCUGUGUGAGGCCUUCAUACUGGAGAGAGAUCAGAGCUCUUCACCUGCUCUCUGCAGUCUGCACUCAGAGAAACUCCAACUCUUCUGUCUGGACCAUCAGCAGCCAGUUUGUGUCAUCUGCAGAGAUUCAGAAAAACACACCGGCCACAGAUUCAGACCCAUCGAUGAAGCUGCACAACAACACGAGAAGCAGCUUCAGGAAAAUCUGGAGCCCUUGAAGGAGAAGUUACAGAGUUUUGAAUGUGUUAAAUCAGAGUUUGAACAAACAGCAGAACACAUUAACGUCCAGGCCGGACUCACAGAGACACAGAUCAAGGAGCAGUUUGACAAGUUUCAUCAGUUUCUGGAGGAGGAAGAGGAGGCCAGGAUGGCUGCACUGAGGGAGGAAGAGGAGCAGAAGAGUCGGAUGAUGAAGAAGAAGAUAAAGGCUCUGAGCAGAGACAUAACGUCUCUUUCAGACACAAUCAGAACCACAGAGGACGAGCUGAGAGCUGAAGACAUCCCGUUCCUGCUCAACUACAAGGCUGCAGUGGAACGAGUCCAGCAGCGCCCCCUGCUGGAUGAUCCACAGCUGGCCUCAGGAGCUCUGAUAGACGAGGCCAAACAUCUGGGCAACCUGAGCUUCAACAUUUGGAUCAAGAUGAAGGACUUGGUCUCCUACAGUCCUGUGGUUCUGGACCCAAACUCUGCUAAUCCAUGGCUCGCCCUGUCUGAAGAUCUGACCAGUUUGAGACGAGGAGAGGAACAGGAUGUUCCUGAUAAUCCAGAGAGGUUUUGUCCUUUUCCAGUGGUCUUGGGAUCUGAGAGUUUUAACUCAGGGACUCACAUCUGGGACGUCCUGGUUGAAAACAGUAAAUGCUGGUCACUGGGUGUAAUACCAGAGCCUAUCGAGAGGAAGGGAGAGUUGCUGUCUAAACAUUGGGGACUACUUUUCGAUUCAGGUACAUACAAAGCAUUGUCACCAUCAGGAUCAUCUGAUCUCCCUGUGAAGAAGAUCCAGAGGAUCAGAGUGAAACUGGACUGGAACAGAGGAGAGCUGUCGUUCUUUGAUCUUGAUAUUAACAAACACAUUCUCAUCUUCAGACACACUUUCACACAGAAGAUGUUUCCAUACUUUCACAUUAGAGAUCCCUUGAAGCUGUUACCUAUGAAUGUCUCUGUGACGCUGAAUCGGAGCAGUUAGAGAUGAAGAAUUUAUUCAUCAUUUUUAUUUCUUGGAGAGAAAUCUGCUGAAUUUAAAUGUUACCCUCAUUAUUCUAUUAUCAUCAUUUUCUGAUCUUUGUCUUUGGUUUGUUUUUUACUUUUAUGGAAAAUGUUUUCUAUCAUUUAGAUUUUGUGUGGAUCUAUGAAGUCGAGCAAACUGAUGAAGAUCCAAAUAAAAACACAUUUAUCAAUAACAGAUGAUCAUUGUUGACCUUCAACAACUUUAUUCAAUCUCACACAUCAGUAGAAAUGCUGCUUUCACAAACUCUGGUCUGGAGCUGGAGAUCUACCUUCAGGGUAAAUUCAGUGAAACAACGUGAUGACAUCAUCACUCUGUGGUGGAGUCUCAGCUAACUGUGACUACAUUUCACACAGAAUCACACUUUGACCUCAUUGUCAUGUUUCUGGUCUCACAUCGUUUGGUUAAAGAGCAAACUGAGCAUCCGCUUGCUAGGUAGCAUUAGCCUCGCUUGCGUUAGCUACAUUAGCAUUAGCAUUGUUAUCUUACAUUACCCAUUAGCCACCAUUCUUGAGGCUGUUAAAGUGAAGGUCAUGGCCGACACACAAUUCAACAAAUUAUGAAGUACAUGCUGAAUUAGUGACGUUCUCCAUGUUUCAUCUACAAACAGCCAAGUGUUUUAGUUUGAUUAAUUAAACACAACAAGUAUCAGAGAUUAUUUUCUAUAUAUUUAGUGUUUGAUGUUAAACAUCUGUCUGUCAUGCAGCUAACAUGGGGGGGUUAGUAAUCUUUUGAAAAAAGGUUAUAUAAAUGAAUUAUCUAUUGAUGACUACAGGGAGAUAGAAGAUUUCAUUCUAUAGUUUCUUUAUCCUCACCAAUGAUGAUAAUACAAAGAAAAUGUAAAUUUGAACUUUACCAUGUUCGAUGCUGUUGCUGAUUCUCUCACCUUUGUCACUACGACGUAUUUUGAACUUAUUACUGUUUAUUUAGUCUGUUAUCUUUAAUUGAUGAAAUACAAAGUUCAUCUUUGUGUCUGUUAGCUGCAGCGGUUGGAUUAACUUCUCUUCAGCAGCUUCACCCACACAAACUGCUGCAUGUUCAUAUUUAUGCAUUUAAAAAGGGAGAUGCACAUUAAUUAAUAGGUGUAGUGGAGUCCAUCAUAUCAUGGGUCAGAUUUAAUGAUGCAGGCUAGUAUAUUGUUUACUUUAAAGUGUGUAGUUCAGCUCCGACACACACAAACUCUAAUAAAGUCAUGUAUUUUUAUUGUGCCUUAUAAAGACCAGUUAUAAGCCAAUGUUCAAUAGGUCUAUAUGUAAGUGUUUAUAUUUCUUUAUGAGUGAAUAUGUGUAUUAAGAUGUUUGAAGUAAAGAGACACCAUAAUAAUUGAAUGUAUGUUUUAUGCACUUUAAAAUGCAGUUACACUCAGAGAAAUGCUUGUACUUGAAAUUGUGUUAAUUUGAAUAAGAUGCAGUCUGGAUGAGGAACUGAAUGCUCCGUGUAGUUAUUGCUGCUGCAGUCAUGCUGUAUUCUACAGAUAUUCUUUGUUGCUGUGGUACACAUACAGUACAUUAGAAUCAACAUAAUACUGUCAUAUUCUUAUUCAUCAUCCUCAAUGUAGCCCAGUGACUGUGGAGCAUUUCUUUACUGAAGAUAAAUGUGACGAUGUAAAAUAAAAAAACUGUCAAAUAAAAAUGUACGCAGUGAAUUUAUAGAACGAGAGUGAAAAUAAAUGAUUAUUCACAAAUAACAAAGAUGUAACACAAGUGUUUGUGGGAAACAGAGAUUUAAGUGAAGUGAACGCGACCGAGAGUUUUGACUCAAAACUCAAGAAACUAGCUUCAAUUGAUUUUUAUCGGAUUCAAACGACGUGCAAGUGAGAAAACGUCCAUGAACCUACUUUAAGUUCGGCUCCAAUCAGCUCAUGUUCCUCUGGCUCUCUUUGGUUUUAUUCAUUUCUGUUUUACACCUUCGGGUUUUAAAUUUCCCUCUUCAAAACUCAACUGUUUCAUUUCUUCUUCUUCGCUGAGACUCCAGUUGACUGUUACAGCGCCCCCUCUCUGUGGUAGUGGGAUAACAUCUUCUGCAUUCUAACUCAAAGAGAGGUGAAGGAAACACCAGGGUCCUUGAAGCAUGAAGAAGAAAAUGGACACUUGAAUUUUAAUAAACUUCCAACAAAGCUUCUCUGGACAAUGAUAAUGACUUACAGUAACUUCACCACUCUAGUCACAACUGUUUACUGUGACUGCGACUACAUCCUGGCAUCCCUCGGACUCACUGGUGUUGAAAGUAAAACCUAGCCAUAGCAAAGUUAAGUUAGCGCUUACGGUGAGAAACAAGAGGGACUAACUGAGAAAUGUCUCACAAAUGUUGAUUAACUACUAUUUAUUACUCACCCUAUUUAACUGAAUAAAUUAAUAUAUCUGAAUAACUCAGCUUAAUAUCAACGAUGACAAACAAGCAGGUGAGAGUUCCAGUGCAGGUGCUGGUUAGUCGGUUAACGUCCAUGAAAUGUUCCACUCCAGUCAAUUCAAACGUUUUCAGUAUCCGGUCAGUGAAGGGCAUCAGCUAACCACGUUGGAUUCAUUGAUUUGAGGACCUCAUUCUCAUGAGGUUGACAUGAAUGAAUUAUAUUCAUCAGAAAUGUCUUUAAGUCAUGAACAUCAAACAAGAACGAGUCAUGUAAUGGAAAUAAACACGAUUAAUUAAUUUAAUGGAAACAUAAUUCUAGUUAACUAACCAAACACAUGAUCAAGUUGAUUCUACUGAGUGUAGUAAGUACACUCAGUUAGUUUGUGUGUUUAUACUUUUAUUAUUUCAUGAUAAAUGUUCCUCUGACCGGCACCAACACCUCACACACUCCUCUCCCCAAACACACACAUGUGAUCUCAGCCCCAUGAUCCCAACACUCCAGGGGGUCUAUUGUCUUCAAAGUGGCCAGGCGCCAUUUGAAACCACACUUUGUCACUCACUCACUCACAAACAUACAAACAUACACACACGUAUACUCACAUUCACAUGUAGUAA